AUGUCAAAAUUUAAUCCUUUGUGUCGGUAUUUCACUCAUAAUCCCAACGCGAAAUUGUACAUCGAAUGUAGAUUUACUGAUGAGAUUCUUUCUACAAUUAGUCCCGACUCUAAUUCCAUACUAUCAACUGAUAAAGUAGAGCAAGUAUCAUUUCCUGUAUGGGAUACAGAGCUUGCCUGGGAAGUAGAUCAUAAAACUUUACAGAUACUUCGUUCCCAAUGGGCAAAAUUAAAAUUGCAAUGUUUCUCGGUUAGUGGUAAUGAAAAAGUCGAGAUCGUUGGUUAUUGUAUGCUUGAUCUAAGAGGAGCCGCCGAAAGACCUGGAAAAGAGAAAUGGGUCACUCUUAAGAAACGAGGUCAAGGAUUGAGUUCCGAAAUAAAAAUUGAAUUUUGUAUCUUACCAAAUUUAUCCUCACCUUCGACUCCUCAAUCAGGAAUAUUAGAAAACUCAGAUGGAAAUCUCACUUCAGAUGAAAUACAUGACAAAAAGAAAUCAUUAAUUACUUCAGAAAAUAGUGAUUUAUAUAAAAUUGGUUCUAAUGGGACUGAAAUUUUUAUAUUUGAAAUUACAAUUAAUUUUGGUGCUAAUUUACAAUUAUUAUUGCAAGAUUCAAUCUCUUUUAUGACGCAACAACAAUUUCCCGAACUUGACCUUUCUACGACAUUAAAUAAUGGAUACUUUUUUCAAUAUAAUAUAUUUGAAAGUAAUUUCGUGUCAAGUAAAUUCUAUGACCUUUUACAUCCAAGUUUAAAGCCAGAAACUGCAACAUUUCGUAUUCAAACAUCUCUGGAAGAUAUUAAAGAAUUUUUAAUUGAGGAGGAAAAACUCAUAAUUAAUCUUUAUCAUGAUAAUCAAACCAUUGGAUUUGCGGAAAUUCCUUUGAAAGGACUUUUUGAUUCAAUAACGGGUGAACCACGUUCUUUAGAUAGAGUAUGUCCGAUGUAUAAUUUAAAGAGGGAAUUACCUGUAUCAGCAGAUGUACAAACAGCAAAAAUUGGACUUUUCAUGUCAAUUCGUCGUGAGACCGCAGAUUCUUUAUCUAAAGAUAUAUCAGAAAGAGCCAAGUCAUAUCUUUUAGAGAAUGUCGGUCAAACUCUUCUUCAUGAUCUUAAUAACGAACACAAAUAUCGCGUUUUAAUAGAUUUAGAAUCAAUAAAAUUAAAUAAUGAGAUAAAAAAUAUUUAUAUAAGAUAUAGUUAUCCUGCAUUGGGUAUUACUAAUCAUAGGUUAACUCAGGAAUUGCCUAAUGUAGAAGCUGGAGUAGAUGUUAAAUUAACUAAUGGUACAAGUACUGUCGAUGUUAAUAUGACUCCUCAAAGACUUCAAAGAUAUUUUGAGAACGUUCCUUUACUUAUGGAAAUAUGGCAGAAUAAUGAAUCAAGAAAUGUACAAAUAGGUGUAUCUACAUUACGCCUAGAAGAAGUAUUCCUUUCUCAAAAUACUGUAGAUGAAGUAAAUAAUGCGGAUGUAAAAACUUUUACUACGAUGGUUCCAAUAAAAUCCGUGGGAUUAGCUACAUCACGCGAAAUGGGUCACCUAAGUGUCUCAAUAAGACUUGACGAUUUUGAGCUUGAGAAAAAAGUUAAUGAGAUCACUAAUAAAACCAGACCAACAUUAACCAAGUCACAUAGCGCAUCCGAAUUCUCUGAAAUUUUUAAUGAUAUAAUUCCACUUGCGGAUGAUUCUGAAACAAUCGAAUCUGGAAAAUCUUUAAAAUCUGUUAAGGAAAAGAAUGUUGAUGAUGCUAAUCAUUCUUCUCCACCAACAUCAAAAUUUUUUACAGAUAUUUUUCAACAAGCAGCUGAAAAAAUGAAAUUUACUCAAGAAAUACUUGCUUCAAAUCGAAAGGAUGUUAAACGUCAAGGUUUUGGUAAACUCAAAGUACAACAAUUGAUAGAAAUCGAUCGUCAAUUACAACAAUCAAUUCUUCAUUUUCAAACAAGAGAUGAAAGUUUAUUACGAGCUGAGAAAGAUUUUGAGAGACGUUGGUUAGAAUUAGAUAGACAAUAUGAGCAGAAAAUAAAAGAAACCGAAUCACGUUUGCAAGCCGAAUAUGCACAAAAAGAAAAGAAUUCAACACAAAAUAAUCAGACUGUAAUGAAUUUACAAGCGGAAGUGAAUAACCUGAAGAUUCAACUUGAUUCUACUUCACUUUCUCAACAACACUAUGAAUCUCAAUGGAUACGAGCAUUACAAGUUUUGGCGGGCUUGCACAAUGUAGAAAAUGAAAAUGAAGAUACAAUCUUUUCGAAAGGUUUGCAAGAAAUGGAUCAAUGUUGGUGGCAAGCUAGAAAGAUGGCAGAAGAAGAAAUGGAAUUAUUGAAUUAUGAAAAGUUUGAAUUAAAUAUUCUUAAAGAUGAGAUCAAUAAAUUAAAAGCUCAAUGA